GGAAGGAGAAGAAGACCCCCCUCCUGGAGGGGACCCCGUUGCGUCUCAAGCCCCGCAGCGUCCACGAGCUCUCGGUGGAGCAGCAGCUUUACUACAAGGAGAUCACCGAGGCCUGCGUGGGCUCCUGCGAGGCCAAACGCGCCGAGGCCCUGCAGAGCAUCGCCACCGACCCCGGCCUCUACCAGAUGCUGCCGCGAUUCAGCACCUUCAUCUCCGAGGGGGUCCGCGUCAACGUGGUGCAGAACAACCUGGCUCUCCUCAUCUACCUGAUGCGGAUGGUGAAGGCGCUGAUGGACAACCCCACCCUCUACCUGGAGAAAUACGUGAGGAAGGAGAAGAAGACCCCCCUCCUGGAGGGGACCCCGUUGCGUCUCAAGCCCCGCAGCGUCCACGAGCUCUCGGUGGAGCAGCAGCUUUACUACAAGGAGAUCACCGAGGCCUGCGUGGGCUCCUGCGAGGCCAAACGCGCCGAGGCCCUGCAGAGCAUCGCCACCGACCCCGGCCUCUACCAGAUGCUGCCGCGAUUCAGCACCUUCAUCUCCGAGGGGGUCCGCGUCAACGUGGUGCAGAACAACCUGGCUCUCCUCAUCUACCUGAUGCGGAUGGUGAAGGCGCUGAUGGACAACCCCACCCUCUACCUGGAGAAAUACCUUCACGAGCUGAUCCCUGCGGUGAUGACGUGCAUCGUGAGCCGCCAGCUCUGCCUCCGCCCCGACGUGGACAAUCACUGGGCCCUCCGGGACUUCGCCGCCCGCCUGGUGGCCCAAGUCUGCAAGAACUUCAGCACCACCACCAACAACAUCCAGUCCCGCAUCACCAAGACCUUCACCAAGAGCUGGGUGGACGAGAAGACACCCUGGACCACGCGCUACGGCUCCAUCGCCGGCCUGGCUGAGCUGGGCCCCGACGUGAUCAAGACCCUGAUCCUGCCCCGGCUGCCGGGGGAGGGGGAGCGGAUCCGGAACAUUCUGGAAGGUCCCGUCGUCUCCAACAUCGACAAAAUCGGGGCCGACCACGUCCAGACCCUGCUCCUGAAACACUGUGCCCCGGUGCUGGCCAAGAUGCGCCCCCCCCCGGACAACCAGGACUCCUACAAGAGCGACUUUGGGUUCCUGGGCGCCCUUCUCUGCACCCACGUGGUCAAGGCCCGGGCCCAGGCGGCCCUGCAGGCCCAGCAGGUCAACAGGACCACCCUCACCAUCACCCAG